AGAAGCCUGAACCCUCUCUCCUCUCUCCUCUCCCCUCUCCCCUCUCCCCUCUCCCUUGACUUACGAGUUACGAUCAAGUAGAGUAGAGCCUUUCCUGUACUCUUCUCUCUCCGUAUAAGAAGAACGUGUGAGACGAAGCAGGAGGAGGAGGGGGUAGAGACCAAAUCCAAAAAGGAGAGAUGGGGCUGAAGGUUCUAUCAGCCCUGGACACGGCGAGAACCCAAUACUACCAUUUCAAAGCUAUCAUCAUCGGCGGUAUGGGUCUCUUCACCGACGCUUACGACCUUUUCUGCAUUUCUCCGGUGAUGAGACUCAUCGGCCGCCUCUACUACACCGCAGACACCGCCGACCAUGGCGUCACCCCUCCUUCCAUCGUUUCCAUAACAUUAGCCAUCGCACUUCUCGGUACCGUCAUCGGUCAGCUCGUGUUCGGCCGGUUGGGUGACCGGGUGGGCCGGAGACGGGUCUACGGUUUAGCACUUAUGCUGAUGGUGUUCAGCUCCGUAGGAUGUGGUUUCUCUAUUUGCCGUACAAGGAAGUGUGUCCUUACCAGUCUCUGUUUUUUCCGUUUCUGGCUCGGCGUCGGAAUCGGCGGAGAUUACCCUCUCUCCGCCACCAUUAUGUCGGAAUUCGCCAAUAAGGUUACGCGUGGCUCGUUUAUCGCCGCCGUUUUCUCGAUGCAAGGGUUUGGGAUUCUAUUCAGCUCCGCCGUCACUAUGGUCGUUUGUGCUAUCUUCAACCGUAUUUCCGGUUCGCCCGGACCGGGAAGCCCGACUCCCGAUGAGGCAGAUCUGGCCUGGCGUUUGAUUCUCAUGCUCGGAGCUAUCCCCGCCGCGAUGACCUACUAUUGGCGGGUAAUGAUGCCCGAAACUGCCAGAUACACAGCCUUAGUGGAACAAAAUAUUCGUCAAGCUGUAAAAGACAUGGAGAGAGUCUUAGACGAACCAGCCAUGAAUGAGAUCAAAGAAGAUGAAGAUCUGAUCCUACCAAAUCCACCAUCUUAUGGUCUUUUCUCUAGGAGAUUCCUUCAAUGCCAUGGUAGAGAUCUAUUUGGAUGUGCCAUUUCAUGGUUCCUUAUAGAUGUUGUUUUCUACAGUAACAACCUAUUCCAAUCUCAAAUUUACAAUCGUUAUCUCCCUAAAAAUGCCACACUCAAUGCCUACCAAGAAGCUUUCCAUGUUGCAAAGAUUCAAGCUAUUAUCGCAAUUUGCUCGACGAUCCCCGGUUACUGGUUCACCGUCGCCUUCAUCGAUCGAAUCGGUAGGGUUAAGAUUCAGAUGAUGGGUUUCUUUUUACUAGGUCUCUGCUUAUUUGCUAUUGGAAUCCCUUAUGAUAAGUACUGGGGCAGUCACACCAAUGCUGGGUUCUUGAUCCUUUAUGGUCUAACAUUUUUCUUCUCUAAUUUUGGGCCAAAUACAACUACUUUUAUAGUCCCAGCUGAGCUAUUUCCUGCAAGAUUUAGAUCAACAUGUCAUGGAAUAUCAGGGGCAGCAGGUAAGGUUGGAGCUAUUAUUGGGUCAGUUGGGUUUCUAUGGGCUUCACAGAAUAAGAAUAAGAAAGCUGUGGAACAUGGGUAUCAUCAAGGGAUUGGGAUGAUGGAAUCUUUGGAGCUUCUUGGUGUGAUAUGUUUGGUUGGGAUGGUGUUUACCUUCUUCUUCACUCAUGAAACUAUGGGAAGAUCAUUAGAGGAGAAUGAGAGAGAAGAGGGGAAUGAUGAUUCCAGUUUGUUUAGAUCUUUAACCAUUAAUUCCUCUCAGAUGCUGCAUCCACCUCUUAAUGUAGUUGCUGCAGAUGCUGCUUUGUAGGUUCAAGUCUUAGGAGGAGGAAAUUAAACCCAUCUCAUCUCUAAUCACUUAUGUUCUUUUCUUCUUGUAUAAAUUAUUGGAUUUCCCUUUUUUGUGCCUUUAUGAGAGCAUCAGUAGAGUUAAGCGGAUGGUGGAGUCAUGGAAGUAGACUCAGUUCUCUUUCUUCCUCUCAAUCUUAACCUGUAAACCAUUGUAUAUAAGGUGAGCAAAUAGUACUUACAUAUUGCAUUGAA